AUGGCUCAUACAAACACAGCAGCACGCAAGAACCCUCAGUCAAGAACACCAUCACCAUCUCCUUCACCAUCACCAACUCGUUCACCAUCACCUCCACCCAGACCAACACCUACACAUUCUUAUUCAAAGAGAACAUUCUCUGACAACAUGUCAUCGUCCCUAGAGUCAAGCCCCUCAACGAUUACACUUGCUCCACUCUCCAUCAUUCUUCCACCUUUAUUUCAAUGUGUUACUCUAUCGAUUAGUUCGCCUCCACCCCAUCUUCAAAAAACACUUAACACUUGUUCAAGUACUUCAUCUUCUAAACGAAGAUCAAUGCAAAUCUUGGCAGCCUUUUACUACGCUGAAGCAUUUGCAGAUAAAUCACUCAUUGUUUCAAAACUAAAAGGCAUUGAAAUGCGCUUGGGUCCUUUCGUUCUUGCUUAUACCCUUCAACCCUAUCUGAAGGACCAAUAG